AUGGAAAAUACAACAACACCAAAUAAUCAAUCAAGAAUGAAAUUAGGGUACAAUGAAAUAAUGAUAACAUCAAUGUACUUUAAUGAUAUUAAUGAUUUUAUUAAUUUAGAAAUAGGAAUUAAAAGAUUUCAAGGAAAUAUGGAAAGAUUUCAUUUUAAUCCAAUUCCUUUAAAUGAAUAUUCAAGAAAAUUCUUUCCUAACAUUGAAACAUUUCAUAUUUAUAAUAGAAAUAAUGAGAUAUUUAAUGAUGGAAGAAUAUUUAAAAAAAUAAUAUGGUAUAAAGUAGAAUAUUCAACAUAUUUACAAGAAAAAGAAUCCGGAAAUAUCUGUAAAAAUAUAGAAUAUACAGAUAAAGAUAAAGAUAAGUAUGGAACUACAAUACCAUCAGAAGUUAAUUCACUUGGAAAUUUUUGCUUUUGUAAUUGUAAAGAAUUAACAAGAAUUGACAUACCAACGACAGUUAGUGAAAUAGGAAAAUAUUGUUUUAAAUAUUGUAGAUCAUUAAUAUCAAUUAAUAUACCAACAACAAUAAGUAAAAUAGGGUAUAGAUGUUUUAAUGGAUGUUCAUCAUUACCAACAAUUAAUAUACCAUCAACAAUUAGUGAAAUAGGAGAUGGGUGUUUUAGUUGGUGUGAUUCAUUGUUAAGAAUUAAUAUACCAAUGGCAUUAAGAGAAUUCGGGGAUGAUUGUUUUGAUUGGUGUUUGUCGUUAACGAGUAUGAAUAUAGACAAUAUCAAAUUUAUCAGUGAAAAAAGGAUAUUUAUGAAUGAACCAGUGUUAGUUAGUAUUGAAAUACCAAAAAAUAUACAAAGAAUAAAUGGAGCGAAGAUAAAAAAGAAAGAUAUUAAUGAAUUUAUUAUUCCAACUACAAUUACUAAACUAGGAUGGAAAUGUUUUGAAUAUUGUACAUCAUUAACAUCAAUUGACAUACCAACAACAAUUAGUUUAAUUCCAUAUUACUGUUUUCAUAACUGCUUUUCAUUAAGUAAUGUUGCUAUACCAACAACAGUAACUGAACUAAGAAAAGAGUCUUUUCAUGAAUGUUCAGAAUUAAGUAAAAUUAGUAUACCAAGAACAGUUAGUAAAAUAGGAAAUAAUUGUUUUGAAAGUUGUUCAUCAUUAACAAGUGUUUAUAUACCAACGUCUGUUAGACAAAUGGGAUAUGGUUGUUUUAGUUAUUGCACCUCAUUAUUAUUCAUCAAUAUACCAAAAACAGUUAGUGUAUUAGGAGAAAAAUUUUUUUAUCAAUGCUCAUCAUUGACAUCAAUUAACUUACCAUCAUCAAUUAAGAGAUUAGGAAAUAAAUGUUUUUACAACUGUAUAUCAUUAACGUCCAUCACUAUACCAACUUCAGUUAGUAUACUAGGAAAUAGUUGUUUUGAAUGGUGCAGCUUAUUAAAUACUAUUGAUAUUCCAUCAUCAGUUAUUAAAAUGGGAAAUAGUUGUUUUUAUGGGUGUAGAUCACUUACUAGUGUUGUUCUUCCUACAACAAUUACUGAAAUUGGAAGUUAUUGUUUUAAUGGAUGCUCAUCACUAAAAUUAAUUAACAUCCCAACAACAAUUUCAUCUUUUGGAGUUAGGUGUUUUGUUGGUUGUGAUAAAUGUAAAGUGUUAAGAGAGAAUGAAAAAAUACCAAAGGAAUGCUUUAUAGAUAACUUUGAAAUAUUUAGAAAAGAAUAA